GGGUUUCUCGGUCGGUACAUCACACACAUCUUCUUGCAUUACACAUUCUCCAACGCAUUCCGAGAAAAAAAAAAACAAAAACUCUCUUCAUUUAAAUAGUCCAUUAUGCAAGGAGGUCCAGAGAAGUUGUCAUUCAAUAGGUCAACAGGUACCUUCGGAGUAAUCACAAAUAAUCCAACCAUAUCGCCAGGCUUGCUCGAUCCGUAUAAACAACAAGCAGUUAACUUCAACAAUUGGAACCACCAGAAGACAUUAGAAUUGCAUAAUCAAUAUAAGGCUCUCGAGGAAAGAGCCGUGUUUUGUCUUAAAGCAAAAGACAAAGUCAUCGAAGAGAUGACGAGAAAGUCCUUAGCUAAGGAGGCUCAACUGAAGAAAGCUUUAGCAGAAGCCGAGUUUUGGAAGAAGUCGUUGGAGCAGAAAAGUGCUGUGUGUAGCGAUCUUGCUGGGAGGCUCUUGGAAAUAAAGAGAAGAGAGACGAAGACUAAAAUGGUAGCGGAGAGGAAAUAUGCAGAGGAGGCUGAGUCGUCUACUGGUGAAAAUAGUGACAACGUUUUAGACACGGCAAGGACCCGUGGGUGUAAAAGACGCCGUCUAUGAAAGAGGCGGGGUGUAGGAUUUUGCACACGUUGUUUAGUAGUGGUGUUAUCUUUCAGUGUCUCCACUUCCGUUGUUGGUAUGAGCAUUCAAAUGUAUUAUUGUUUUCUGUUCAAAACAACGCCUCUCACAUUUGUUACAUAUCUUUUUUAUGAAAAAAGUAAUGGGAAAAUGAUCAUUAUCUCAAGUUCUUUUUCUUUUGAGUAGAAUGUCAAAAUUAUCCAAAUCAAAGACUUAUGUUUACAUCAAGUUCAACCUAUUUUGAAAGUGCAAAAGAAUAAAAAAUUAUCCUAAUAUC